GAGGCUUGAGGAGCAGCACAAUGUUUACAUACAAUUGCAACAUUCGCUCAGUUCCUAAUCCACAGCCAUACAAAAAAACCAUAUGAUUCACACCAUGAAAAGCACGAUAAAUAGGUUUCACUGCGCGUUCGCCGCUCUUGACAAGUAUUUCAUCAGUUUUUUGACACGUACUUAUUCGAGAGUUCCGCGAGCAUCACCAUCAAGACGCUCUGAGACAUGUUGCAAGUGUACAUCGCGCUGGCCGUCCUGGCCAUCUGCCUCUACUUCAAGUGGAGCCUCAGCUACUGGGCCAGGAGAAGAGUGGACUCCCCGGCGCCGCUGCCCAUCGUGGGCAACAUGGGAGAGGUGAUCAUCCAGAAGAAGCACUACGGCGUUGUCUACGAGGAGAUUUACAGGUCCUAUCCCACGGCCAAGUACGUGGGAUUCUACAAAAUGGGCACUCCGGCGGUUCUGAUGCGCGACUUAAACCUCGUCCGUGACGUUCUCGUGGCGAAUUUCGCCCACUUCCACGACAAUGACUUCCAGAUCGACACCACACUGGAUCCCCUGCUGGCCAGUAAUCCCUUCACGGCGCGCGGCGCCGAGUGGAAGAACAUCCGGAACCAAGUGAGCCCCAUCUUCACCACCACCAAGGUGCGCGCCUGCUUCGGCAUUAUGCGAGACGUGGGCAAGACUCUGCUGGAGUACCUGGAGAACAGCCCCGAUAUCAAUCGCGCCGAGGGCGUGGAGAUGAAGAGUGUAAUGACCAAGUUCACAACCGAUGUUGUGGCCUCGGCGGUCUUUGGCGUGAAUGCGUACGCCUUUGUCGAUGACAAAUCAGAGUUCGUGACAAUGUCCAGGGAAUUCUUCACGCCCGGCUUCUGGAGCGCCAUCAAAGGCAUGCUGGCCUUCUUUGCGCCACAAGUAGCUUCGCUUCUCCGUAUCUCAUUCAUCAAUGAUAGCCUGGACGGUCGCUUGAGGCGCCUCAUUAGGCAACUUAUGGCCUCCAGAGAGAAUUCCAAUGAGAACACAAGGAAGGACUUUGUUCAGGCCUUCGUGGAGUUGAAGAAGAAGGAUCAGGAAAACAGAAUCACAGAGGAAUUGAUUGUGGGUCAAGCGCUGACUUUUAUCACUGACGGCACGGAGACUUCCGCCACUGUCAUGACCUACGCCCUUUACGAGCUGGCGCGCCAUCCUGAAGUGCAGAAGAGAGUCCAGGAGGAGAUCGACAGAGUGAUUGCGACGCACGGAGAAAUGACUGACGAGGGAAUAACGGAGCUUGAGCUUCUCGAUCGCUGCGUUCAUGAGACUCUGCGAAUGCAUUCUGUGGCCUUCAACAUGACGCGCAUCUGCACGAAGUCCUUCGAGCUCCCGCCGCAAUUCAGGACAGAAGGACAGCCUGUGACUCUCGAAGUCGGCACUCCAAUCAUCAUUCCAAUUUCGGCGAUUCACAUGGAUCCUGAACACUACGAUAAGCCACACGUCUUCGAUCCGGAUCGCUUCCUGGAGGAGGAGAAGCAGAAGAGGAACAGAUACGCCUUCCUGGGCUUCGGCGAGGGGCCGCGCAUUUGCAUCGGGAUGCGCUUCGGACUUUUCCAGGUAAAGGUGGCUCUGCAGACUCUCCUGACGGAGUACAACAUCAAGCUGGCACCGAGGCAGAAAUAUCCGGUGGACGUCAAUGUGCAGUCCUUCUUGCUGGCGCCCAAAGAUGGCAUCUGGCUCACGCUGGAAAAGAGGCAGACAUCGUAGAUUGGCGCACGAAUUGAAGCAGUCGCACGAUGGCGGAGGGAGUGACUCCCUGAAUCCGAGAAGCUGCAGCGAUCUGCAAGGAACAGUAUUGAAUCAAAAUCAGGGAAAUACACACGGAAGUUAACGAAAA